AUGUUUCCGAAGGAUAAAACUGUUUCAAAGCAGUGGUUAAUAGCGAUUCGCAGGGACAACUAUACCCCUUCAAAACAUUCGCGUGUUUGUAAAAAACAUUUCAACCCUGACGAUUAUGCGUUACCUAAAGAACCAAAUACAGAAAAUCGAAAUAGAAAAAGAGGCCAGAAGAAGCCAUCUAAGAAAAAAGUAAUUGAAGUAGGUUGCAAAGAAAAAUGUGAAGCUGGACCAAGUGGGAUAUCAAGGAAAACUCAUUCCGUGGAAAAAUCACGCCAAAUUAGUAAUAAUGCUUCCAUGAAGUUGUUUCAAUAUGAUUCUUCAUCAAGGCCAUCUACACCAGACCCAUUUAGUGAUGAUGGAGAGUAUGGUUCCGAUAACGACUAUGAUCCAGGAUAUGAUGAUAAUACAGACAGCACUAGCACUGUUAGUGAUCACACAAAGCAACGUGAAAAGAAACAACUAAAGAAACGUUCCAAGAACAACGCAACGAGGUCACAUGGUAAACGCAACUCUGAAAGCAGUGUAAGUAGCAGCUCUGAUUCUGACGAUCGAACCGAAGGCUUUAGCGAGUGCACGGAUGUAUGUGAUAGCGAUGACAACGAGGAUGAUACAAAUUCGAUAUCGGCAGAAUCUAGUGAUGAGAGUAUUUUUGACAGUAGAAAGAGAAAAAAGAAGGGGCAGAGUUCCUCUUUAGGAUCAAGAUACAAAAAACCUAAGAUCGCCAGUGUAGAUCAGAGUACCGACACUAUGUCGUUAGAUUCUGAGGCAUUGCUAAAUAAUAUAGAAAAUCUUGAAAGCUCUUCAGUGCAACUUGAUCCUGCAGUAUUAGAAAAUAUCUCAAUUUAUUCACAUAUCGAAGGAAGUCACUCCCAUACUAAUCCACAAAUUCAAGGUGCUGAAGACGACCAUGCUGCUGCAGCUGCUGAGGUUAAUCCCGCGCCUGCCAACCUACGUGCACUGGAACUAGACGCAGCUGCGCAGCGCCACUCUCCUGGUUCUCCUGCACCGGAUCCAGCAGCUGCUGAGGGAAAUCCCGCGCAUGACAACCUACCUGCCUUGGACCUGGAUGUAGCUGCGCAGCACCGCUCUCCUAGCUCUCCUGCACUGGAUCGGGAGGCUGUUGAGGGAAAUCCCGCGCCUGUCAACGUAUCUGCCCUGUACCUGGAAGCAACUGCGCAGCGCCGCUUUCCUGGCUCUCCUGCACCGGAUUCAGCAGCUGCUGAGGGAAAUCCCGCGCAUGACAACCUACCUGCAUUGAACCUAGAUGCAGCUGCGCAGCAGCGCUCUCCUGGUUCUCCUGCACCGGAUCCAGCAGCUGCUGAGGAAAAUCCCGCGCAUGACAACCUACCUGCAUUGAACCUAGAUGCAGCUGCGCAGCAGCGCUCUCCUAGCUCUCCUGCACUGAAUCGGGAGGCUGUUGAGGGAAAUCCCGCGCCUGUCAAAUUAUCUGCCCUGUACCUGGACGCAACUGCGCAGCGCUGCUCUCCUGGCUCUCCUGCACCGGAUCCAGCAGCUGCUGAAAGAAAUCCCGCGCCUGCCAACUUAUCGGCCCUGGAUCUGGACGCAGUUGAGCAGCGCCGCACUCCUGGCUCUCCUGUAUCGGAUCCAACGGCUGCUGAGGAAAAUCCGACGCCUUCCAACCUACCUGCUCUGGACCUGGACGCAGCUACGCAGUGCCGCUCUCCUAGCUCGUCUGCAUCAGAUCGGGAGGCUGCUGAGGAAAAUCCCGCGCCAGCCAACCUUCCUGCCCUGGACUGGGACGCAACUACGCAGUGCCGCUCACCUAGCUCUUCUGCACCACCAGAACUAAACGCUACUGUAAGAUAUCCAACUCCGGCCAGCACACUUGCACUGGAGGUAGUUGCAGAGCGUGGCUUGUCCGGCUCUCCUGUGCCGGAACGAGAUGCUGCCGAAACGAAUUCUGCGCCUACCAGUCCAUCCGCUUUGGAUCGGGAAGCAUUUGUACAACGCAACCCUUCUAUCUGUCAUGUGCUGGACCCAGAGGCCGCCGAAAGAAACUCCGUGCCUGACACACUCCCCGAGAUAAGUCCAGCGACCAAUUGCAGACCAAGCACUCCUCCACUGAUAAAUUAUGAUUGGGAACACACGAACACAGACAUACCUUCGUUCGAGUUUGAUGAAAGUUCAGCAGGUGUCCAGUUUGAAGUCAACCCAGCUAUGACAGUUAUGGAAAUAUUUGAUAAAAUUCUUAAUCCUAAUAUUGUAGACUAUAUUGUAACAUGUACUAAUACGUACGGGCGAGCACUAUGUGAGAAAACAAGACCUAUUACUCGAAACUCACGUAGCUAUAACUUUAGGGACACAAACCGGGAAGAAAUCUUGAAAUUUUUUGGAUUAUGUUUGCUUAUGGGUCAAAUCAAAAUUCCUCAAAAACGCAAAAAUUUUACGUAUUCCGACCCACUGUAUUAUCACCCAAUUUUUCACUAUGUGAUGUCCGCUCGAAAAUUUGAGCAAAUCUUGAGAUGUAUUUAUGUAUCAGAUUUAGAUUCAAAAGGAAAAGAUAAAAUUGAAAAAUUUAUUAAUGCUAUUACCAAGAGCUUCAUGGAGUGCUAUAAGCCAUACAAACUGUUAAGUUUGGAUGAAUCUUUGCUUUUAUUUAGAGGCCGCCUUGCCUUCAGACAAUAUAUAAAGAGCAAAAAAGUACGUUACGGAAUCAAAUUCUUCGAGUUGACAACUUCUGAUGGCUAUGUUUUAAAUAUAAUGAUGUACUCCGGAAAAGAGACAACUGCUCGAACUGGCAAAAAAUCUGAAAAGAUCGUCCUUCGUCUCAUGAGGCCAUAUUUGCUGAAGGGACAUCAAUUAUACAUGGAUAAUUAUUACAAUUCCGUAACACUUUCGCAAAAGCUAGUUGACUUAAAAACUCACACCACAGGUACCUUACGUUCAAACAGAGAAGAUAAUCCCAAAGACAUCAUUAAGAAAAAACUCAAGAAGAAUCAACAUGUGUGGGUACGAAAAAAUAAGGUCUAUGUUUCAAAAUGGGUUGACAAGCGACCAGUUCUUAUGGUAACAACUUCAGUUCAUCCUCGGCUUAUAGAAAUACAAAACAGAUUUCAACAAAGAAAAAUUAAACCCGCAGAAGUGGCAGAAUACAAUCAACACAUAUCCGGAGUUGAUAGAGCAGAUCAAAUGAUCUCAUAUUACUCCUCACCAAGGAAAUCAAUCCGGUGGUAUAAAAAAGUGAUGUUCCACUUGUUGGAUGUCGCAGUAUGGAACUCAUUUUUUAUUUUCAAAAAAUACUGCCAAGCCAAUUGUGAUUUCUUGCUUUUCCGAGAGGAAUUGAUUCGAAGACUGUUGGACUUACCAGCAGAUUUAACAGCAGAGCAAGUGAUUUUAGCUCGCAGCAAAUAUGACAACAGAAUCAGAGCUAAUUUAUUGCCACUUCCAGUCAGUACCAUUGACGACGACGUCGGAAGCUCAAGAGUCCAUGGUCACUGGCCUAAGAAAAUACCCGUGCAAGAGGGUUCAAACAAAACAUCAAAGUACUUGAAAUGCAAGAUGUGCACGAAAAAAAAGGUGAGAAGGGAGACUUGCCUGAGAUGUAAAGGUUGCCCUGAAAAGCCAGCACUGUGUGCUCUUUGCUUCGAAGAGUGGCACAAAGAAGUAUAA